CGCCGCCCCCCGAUUACAAAGCCGCAGAAGCCGCGAGGCCGCCGGCCGCGCCAUGCCCAAGAAUAAAGGUAAAGGUGGUAAAAACAGACGCAGAGGUAAGAAUGAGAAUGAGUCUGAAAAAAGAGAAUUAGUAUUCAAAGAGGAUGGACAAGAGUAUGCUCAAGUUAUCAAAAUGUUGGGAAAUGGAAGAUUGGAGGCAAUGUGUUUUGAUGGUGUAAAGAGGUUAUGCCAUAUCAGAGGGAAACUGAGAAAAAAGGUUUGGAUAAAUACAUCAGACAUCAUACUGGUUGGCUUACGAGACUACCAGGAUAACAAAGCAGAUGUAAUUUUAAAAUACAAUGCAGAUGAGGCCAGAAGCCUGAAAGCAUACGGCGAACUUCCAGAACAUGCUAAAAUCAACGAAACUGAUACAUUUGGUCCUGGAGAUGAUGAUGAAAUUCAGUUUGAUGACAUUGGAGAUGAUGAUGAAGAUAUUGAUGAUAUUUAAACUGAAUUCAACAUUUACAUUCCAACUUUCUGAGGACUAUUCAACAGUUUGGUUUUUGGUUGUGACCUGUCAAAAGAUUAAAGUUUUAUUAGUAUAAUUGCAAUUUGGUAGGUCAGAUUGAUUUGUUUGUACGGUAUAUGUGUUUCUUUCAAAAGUUGGUAAUGCAGACUUCUUGUAAUGAAAGCCCACUUUGUUCCUUUGAUGUAAACCCACUAUGAACCUUAUGGUAAAAGACCACACAUACUAUUUUAAAAUGAUUUAAAAAAAUGCAUUACUGCCUUUCCAACUUAUAUCACAUCCAUUAAGUAAAUGGAUGGAAUGAAUAAAUCAUUUUCCCACUA